UCCAAACUCCUUAAUUAUCCUCCCUAAAUCCCUCCUUUCGUAUUCUUCUGCACCUUCUUCAUAAAUCCUGUACAAUCUGCUUCAUUUAACAUUAUUAUUUGUUUCGAUUCAAGUUCCAUCCGAACAUGUGUGGCGGUGCUAUUGUCGCCGAUUUUAUUCGUCGUAUUCGCAGCCGGAUAAUCACCGCUGUUGAGCACUGGCCCAAUUCCACUCCUGCCAAUUCCGACUGUAAUGACUCGGAUAAGAAACUUAAUCGACCGGAACCAACUCGCCACGAACCCGUCUCCCUCAAGAGGACUCUACCGACAUCAGGUGAUGAGAAGCAGAUGGAGAAGAGGGCGAAGAGGCAGAGGAAGAAUCUUUACAGAGGGAUCAGGCAACGACCAUGGGGAAAAUGGGCUGCGGAGAUUCGUGACCCGACGAGAGGAGUCCGUGUUCCGCUGGGUACCUUCAACACUGCCGAGGAAGCAGCCCUAGCCUACGACAGAGAGGCCCGCAAGAUCCGCGGCAAGAAGGCGGAAGUCAAUAUCUCCAAUGAAGACGAUGAGUUCGGCGGAUCAACCCAAACUCAAGACUACAACCACAACCCACCUGCUAUCUGGAAUCCGGCUCUUCCUCUGUGUCAGACUCAAAACCGAAGAGCUAAUGCGACGACAAAUAAAGUAGUCAUUUAUUGUUGCGAGAAAAACUCUGGUACUGGGAUCGAGUCCAGAUCAGAUUAUGGCGGAGUGAGGGUGAAGGAAGAAGAGCAGACGGUGGAAGCAGAGGAGAAAAUAAAACGAGGUGCAGAAAUUGUCAGAGGAGCUAUGGCGUGGGAGAACUACAUGAAAUUCUAUCAGGUUCCGAAUCUCGACAGACAACCUAUGGAGCAGAAUACUACUGCACAGGAAAUUCGUGGUGAGUGAUCUGUGGAGCUUCGACGAUGCCCCUGCAGCUUCAAGUGCAGUGUAACGACGCGUUUUCGGCCAGCUUUCAGUUCUUCUUCCUUUCUAAUUCUUCAUUUCUGACUUUGUGGUCUGUGUUAUUUAAUGUUUGUCGGGUCUUCCAAAAAAAUUGUAAGGCUAAAUUUAGAAAAAAAAUACAAAAUUAAUCUAAACCAAUCGAUUUCGUAAAUCAAAAUUUAUAAUCACGA